AUGGACGCUGAUAGUCUGAUACAACAUAUUGAACGAGACACGGAGACCACUUCAUGGCCAUUAUCGAUGACCACUGAGUGGUUGGAGGACGGGAACGAGACAACCUGGAAUCAGUUCCAGCAGCCCGACUGGCAGGUGGCUCUCUGGGCUAUAGCGUACUCCCUCAUCAUCCUGGUGUCCAUCACUGGGAACGUCACAGUGAUCUGGAUUAUCCUCGCUCACAGGCGAAUGAGGACUGUGACCAAUUACUUCAUCGUCAACCUGGCUUUCUCUGAUGUCUCCAUGGCGAGCUUUAACACCCUUUUUAACUUUGUCUAUGCGCUUCACAAUGACUGGUACUUUGGCCUGGGUUACUGCAGGUUUCAGAACUUCUUCCCCAUCACCGCCAUGUUUUCGUCCAUAUACUCAAUGGCUGCCAUCGCAGUGGACAGGUACAUGGCCAUCAUCCACCCUCUGAAGCCUCGCCUCUCCUCCACCUCUACAAAAGUUGUGAUUGCCCUGAUAUGGAUUGUGGCGGUAUCACUGGCUUUCCCUCAGUGCUAUUACAGCGUGACAAGAUUCUAUUACCCCAGAACUGUGUGCAUGGUUGACUGGCCUGAUGAUUAUGGAGGAACACAUCAACUAAGUUAUCAGUUUGCAGUUAUAUUGCUGAUCUACUUGCUCCCUCUGCUGGUGAUGCUGGUGACCUACAGUUUAGUCGGCCGAUCGCUGUGGGGUGGACACAUCCCCGGAGAGGCAUCAGACCAUUACCACAGCCAGAUAAAUGCCAAGAGAAAGGUGGUGAAGAUGAUGGUUGUGGUGGUGGUGACCUUUGCCCUCUGCUGGUUGCCCUAUCAUAUCUACUUUAUACUGGGCUCAUUUAACAGAGACAUUUAUAAGCAACAUUACAUUCAGCAGGUGUAUCUGGCCAUAUUCUGGUUGGCAAUGAGUUCAACUAUGUACAAUCCUAUUAUUUACUGCUGUCUAAACCAAAGGUUUCGUGCUGGUUUCCGUCGUGCAUUUGCUUGGUGUCCCUUCAUCAAAGUGUCAGAGGAGGACAAGAUGGAACUGCAGCACACACAUACCUUCAGAGUCACCAUGACACGCAUCCACCAUAAUGACACAUCAUCCAUUAGAAUAAACAACACAUACACCUCUAAUACGCUUGCCACCAGUGACCUGGUCACAGAGAGAGAUGCUCGCAGGCAGCUUAAGAAGAACACAUACAACACACACAACACACAUUUGGUGAAGAAGUUGGACGUUAUUAAAUCCCCAACUGCUGUACUUAUGGAGCAUAAUGAGUGAUCGCUGACAGACAUGAUGAUGACAACAUUCUCAAAGGGAAGGCUGAAGGCUUUUCUGGCAGAAGAGCUGUGAAUAAAAACACUACAGCCAGUGGAGACAGAGGAGGGCCUCCUGAGUACUGGACAGAGUUAUUUAAGACAUUCAUUCCUGUGGAAAUCAUUGGACCACUA